GCAAAGAGAAACCUUUAAGAAGAUUACAUUUUGGAAAGAGACUUUGAAGGAAGAGUUCUCACUAUCGGCGAAAUGGUUCUGCAUUUAAGACGGAGUAACCUGUGAUGACAGCUCAUUAAAUCACCAACUUAAACUUAAAUUGUAUUUGUGGCGUGCUUUUUCCUUGGGUCAUACCCGGCGUGAAUCGCACGCCGGUCUGAACUCACUUUCGGAUUUUGGAGAUGUUCCUGCCCGUUCUCAGUCAUUUUUCGGCGCUGGCCACCGCAAUCACAUCUAUACUAUCCGCCUUGCUGUUACUCGCUGUAUCUCGACAACUAUGGACGUUCCGGUGGACAAUCACGCGGGAUAAGCAAUGCAAACUCCCCCUUCCAAAAGGUUCAAUGGGAUGGCCACUCGUAGGGGAAACUUUCCACUGGCUGUUUCAGGGGUCCAGCUUUCACAUCUCCAGAAGGGAGAAGUACGGGAAUGUGUUUAAAACCCACCUCUUAGGGAAACCUGUCAUCCGCGUGACAGGCGCCGAAAACAUCCGCAAAAUACUGCUCGGAGAGCACAACUUGGUGUGCACACAGUGGCCUCAAAGUACCCGGAUAAUCCUGGGACCCAACACGCUGGUGAACUCUGUUGGAGACCUCCAUAAGCAGAAGAGAAAAAUCCUGGGUAAAGUGUUCAGCCGUGGAGCUUUGGAGACAUAUAUUCCACGCUUGCAAGAUGUCGUCAAGUCUGAAAUUGACAAGUGGUGCUCGGAGCCCGGUUCGGUGAACGUGUAUGCUGCGGCCAAAUCCCUCACAUUUCGUAUCGCUGUCCGGGUCUUGUUAGGAAUAACCAUGGAGGAGGCACGGAUCAACUACCUCUCCAAAAUAUUUGAGCAGCUAAUGAACAACCUGUUUUCACUUCCAUUCGAUUUGCCUUUGAGUGGUCUUCGUAAAGGUAUCAAAGCGCGGGAGGCGCUUCAUGCAAGUAUGGAGGAAAUUAUCGAAGAGAAAAUGCAAAAACAACAAUCUGAGGAGUACAGUGACGCGUUUGAUCACAUUCUGAGUAGCGCCAAGGAAAAUGGAUACGAUUUAAGUAUGCAGGAACUAAAGGAGUCUGCAGUUGAGUUGAUUUUUGCUGCCCACUCAACCACAGCCAGCGCCUCCACGUCGCUUAUCCUGCAGCUGCUCAAACACCCAUCCGUGGUUGAGAAAGCCAGGGCAGAGCUGGAAGCAAACGGCCUUUCCUGCAGCGCACUCUGUGAAAACUGCCCAGCCGAGAAUCAAGACGGAGAGGACAUUCCAAUAAAGAAUGAACAGACAGAAAGAGACGCAAACAAAAACGUUUGCACUGGAACAGGGACGACCUCUUCAACGAACAGGACAGGGACCAGUGACUUCGUGUCGGACAGCGGAGGAAAACUAACACAUCCCUGUGCCCAUCUGCCUCAUUUGAGUAUGGAGAAACUAAACCGACUGCGGUACUUGGAUUGUGUGGUUAAAGAAGUCCUCCGGUUUCUACCCCCUGUAUCUGGGGGAUACAGGACUGCACUGCAGACCUUUGAAUUAGACGGUUAUCAGAUUCCAAAAGGAUGGAGCGUCAUGUACAGCAUCCGGGAUACCCACGAGACGGCCGCUGCUUAUCAGAGCCCAGAGCUGUUUGAUCCCGAUCGCUUUGGAUUUGAAAGGGAUGAAAGUAAAACCGGACGCUUCAACUACGUCCCGUUUGGCGGCGGAAUCAGGAGCUGCGUCGGGAGGGAUCUGGCUCAAAUCAUUCUGAAAACUCUGGCUGUCGAGUUGCUCGCAACCACCGAAUAUAAGCUCGCCACAAAAACAUUUCCGAAUAUGCUAACUGUUCCAGUUGUGCAUCCCGUCGGUGGACUACAUGUUAAUUUUAAUUACCUGCACUGUUCCAAAAAAAUAUGAAAAAGGUCUGUCAAUUUGCCAUUGUGUAAUUUAUUAAACAAGGUCAGUGAAUAUCCGUACGUAAACAUAAUGGGCCGGUUUCACAGACACAGAUUUAAACUUGAAACUGGUCAUAUGUGUAUCACUUCACUUAACUUAAAAAAUAGGUCUGCCAUGGUGAACUUGAGGGCGUAUACCUGAUCAUCUACAUCGCACCAUCAUAAACUACUCUCUAAAUGUGAUUAUAAACACAAAAUGUUAUACGUUGAAGAUAAAAUUUUAAAAAAAACAUCCUGUUGCCAAAAUCAGUUGAUCUUGGCAAAAAAUAGUACCCAGCUAUUUGCUAAGCCACCUUUAAAAACAACAUUUGUUCUUAAAUAUGACCAGUACAUACUGACCAGCAGGUUGCAACUUAUCUCCCUUUUGGUGUGUCUACUAAGUAUGGUUUAGCCAUUCCAUAAUUUGAUGUGAUAUUUUAAUAAUUUAUAUAGUUAUAGUUUGUUCCCCAGAUAGACUUGAUGUGCGACAACAGUAUAUCUCUAUCCUUUCCUUACAGUUUUGUUGUGUAGACUAUGUUUAUGUAUAAAAUGUGCAGAGAAUGAAGUAGCAUACCACAUAAGCUCUAUUUAUACAAAAUGGCCAAGUACACAAGUUAUUUGGACUGAAUUUUUGUGUUUUCUGUAGAAUAUUCAAUCCAAAAAUUAGUAGCUAGCUUGCUUGUGAAAGUAUCCAGAUCAAAUUAAACUAACCACAUUAUCCAUGUGUAUGAAAAAUCACAGGCAUUUCCUGGGUGUAUACAGAGUCAGCACACCGUGUAAGUUAGCCAAUGAGAAUAAUAUAGUUGGCCAUCAUGUCAAUGUACAGCCUGGGUUUAGCUAUGAUAGACAAAAUGUGAAGGCACGUGGUCUGAGCUCUUGUCAAUCACCGGGUGGGUGAUGACAGUGGAAUACGGAAGGAAAGUAAGCCUUAUAGCACUUUUUUCUCCAAUGUGGAGCUUAGAAACAGUACAAUGUUGAGUGUUAUUUCAACUCUAACAGAGUGCGUGAGUCCAAUAGGGGCCAUGUGUGAAUAUUUUUUACUGUAUAUAAUGUCAUGUUCUGAUUUUAGCAUUAUUGGCAGGUUAGGGGUAAAUGUGAUUUCUGUGUAGUUAUGCGUCUGUUUGCCCUAUUAUCACAUGUAUAUCUUUAAAUGUGCAGGUUGCUGUAUUAUGAUAUGUUGAUCUUAGCUAUUGUGAGUGACUGUUAAUGAAAAUAGAUAUUGUUGAAGUAUUUAUAGACAGUAUAAAAUUAUUUUGGCCUCUACAUAAAUGUAUACAUAAAGUACAUAUAUGUACGUCUUAAACCCCCACGCAGGGUGUUUGUAAAGCUGAGGUUUCCUUGUCCAAUUUCUGUUCUCUGAUUAACAAAAUCCCACUCUGUGGUCAAUGCAUUUUUUAUUCAUUACUCUUGCUUUUAUUUAGACUGAAUGUAAAAUGUAAAAUUACUAGAAAGUAAUUAAUUUAUAUGCCUAGAUCACUGUCUUUUAAUGUAUAUUGAGCGAUACAAUUUUGUUCCUUCACAAAAUACAUUUUAAAUAACAACACAUGCAAUAUCAUGUAAAGUGCUUAUAUAAAUCCUGCAACAUAUCAGCCUGAAUAUAACUAGUAUCAUAACCAUCUGUACACUGGCUGUUCGGUUAAUAUCCAUCUACUUGUUUCAAGUAGGCUAUUGACAUUGCCUUGAUUGAGGUGGCUGAAUGGCGAUACAAACAAUGUCAGAAAAGUGUUUCAAUUUAUUGAAACUCCUAGAAACAUUUUGCUGUUAAAAAAUAAAUAAAUAAAUUUUAAAAAAAGAAUAAGGAAAAGAAAAAACCUGUAAAAGACCACACCUUCAGAGAUGGUUGCAGUACCGUGACAGGGUGACCUUUUAGUGAACUAGCAAACGAUCACCCUCUGACCUUCUCUCGAGGUGACGGCAUUGUUAACGAUGCGUAUAUGUCAUCAGUGGUGACGACGAAAGAAAUACUAGGCGAUCAUUAUCUAACAAAGAAGACACGGUGCGUACAAUCUUCCAAAUGACAGUAUGCAGUCGAAACAUGCGCAAGGGAGUGAUUUCAAAACAAUAUACGAAAGGCAUGUAGCCUAUCUCGUUCAUAUUUGCAGCGGGGAACACACCCACCACCUGUUUUUUAUCCACCUCAAUGCAUUCAUGAUAUUUGUAAUGCUGAUGACUCUAAAAUUUGAAAAAUGCCAAUUUAGAGGGGAAAAAAAUAAAUGUUAAACGUUUCAUUAUUGACGUUUGACCCAAUUGCAAGGUAACAGCAUCCUAAAAUGUUAUCUGUUAAACAACUCUUGUAGAAUGCAUACGGUCCCUACUGGACUCAUAUGUACUCUGUUAUGAGUUGAAUUAACACCGGACAUUUUACUGUGUUAAAUGGUUUUAAUUAGCCCCUAUAUUUCAUCUGUAUAGCUGACAGUCGGAGAAUAGAUCGCUGUGUAGAUAAUAAAGCUUGCCUUCUGUAA